CGUUGUACAGGAGAGGAAGAAAAACUGCAGACUUUUUAUUUCUGUAACCGAAUACAAACCAGAGACGCAGAGUUUACUGGAUACCCGCUGACACAGGUGUGCUGUUUGUUCAAGCCUUCAGAAAGGGACCGCUUCAAAGAAAGCAGGAACAGAACUCAGACAUGUGGGGACUUUAACACCAUGAAGGAGCCAGAGUAUGAUGUGGUGGACGACCAUGAAGAGGUGCACAACGUGUGCAUACUUCCUGCAAGGCCUAUAAAUGAUGACAGAAUGUAUGCAGACAGGACUCUUCCAAGGCCAUCAUCUGCUCAGAGCCAUCCAUCAAUCACUAAACGCCGACCCCUUCCUAGAUGUCCACCCAGAGAGAUCCCCCCCAUUAAAGGGCCGGCUGUAAAUAGAGACCUGAAGCCAGGCUGGCGAAAAAUGAAAUUAGAUAAGAAGCCCCCACCAAAGGAGCCAGUAGAGCAACACCCUCGCAGAACUUCUCCACAUCCACCUUCUACCUUGGAUGUAUCCAACAACCUGGCUGUGCUGGUUUUAAAUGGGCCCAGCAGGACUGAACAAGUGAGAAACACUGAAAAGGCAGAAUUCAGCUCACAUGCAAACAGCCCACAGCCUGCCAUGCUGAGGCAUUCCUUGGAUUUGGAGACUCAUGACUUGGAGAACAGGUUACAUCAACAUUUAGAAAGGGUGCCAUCGAGACGCCAUCACGAGUGGCCUCAAACUAAAGAAGACAUCGAUCAAAAUGAUUUUGUUCCAAUGAGCAGACCUAAUACAUACUGCGAGGAGGACUGGUAUAUUGGGCCUUGUAAUCGCACAGACGCUGAGCACGCCUUACACCUGGUGAACAAGGAUGGGGCAUUCCUAGUCCGAGACUGCUCCAUUAACACCAACAUCGAACCGCUGGUAUUGGUUGUGUAUCACGAGAAGAAAGUCUAUAAUGUAAAAAUCCGUUUUAUUGAAGCCACCAGGAAGUACGCACUGGGAACAGGUCAGCGUUCAAAUGAUAUGUUUGACUCUGUAGCAGACAUCAUCAAGUUCCACUCCAUUUUUCCAAUAACACUCAUCAGUGGGAGAAACAUGACAGGAAGUAAAUACCCAGAGAACUGUGUGCUGACAUGUCCAGUUACCAAAAGGGAUGUUGUCCAGCUCCUAAAGUAAAGUCUGCCCCUCUCAGCAAAGAAGAAAGAGACCCAUCAUCAUUUGAAAAUGCUAAAAAGAUUAUUGCACACAUUAUUUAAGGUGGGGUAUAAAUAAUAAUGAUAAAUAAAAGCAGGGAUUAGCUUCUGUUGCAGCAUUUAUGACUCUACUAAUACGAUGACCUUAAAGUAUGUAUGAUUUUAUGUUGAAUUAAAGGGUGAUUUUUAUCAGUCUGGAUGCAUUUUUCCAUCUCUAGAUCACAAUCACGCAUAACUGAUUUAUGCAAAAUUAUUAUAAAUACAGUUUAAGAUUAAUACAUUUCAUAAACCCUCCUGUAUAAACAAGUUAUAGAGGGGGGGACUAUCUGCUGGUCUAAAUGAAGUCAUAAUCAUUGUGAUUUUUUUUUUUGCAUUUUGAAAAGAAUUGCAUGAGAACAAAGUUGCUAUUCAGAAGUUGCCUUUAUUGAGGAAGCUUUGUGAAAGAUAGCAGAAAGGGGUUCCAGCCUGGGUCUCCAUUUGUUGUAGAAGGCUUGAUAUUCAACAGGAGGCCUUUCUUAUUCCAUUUAUGCAUAUUUAUAAAAGCACAAAUAUUUCUCUUUUGUAAAUGGAGUAAAUAUCAA